AUAGCAGUCAAACAGCUGCGAGGGUGUGACAGCUGAGCUGCAAACAUGUCAGUGAAACUGGAAGGCAACAUUUUAGUGACUGGGACGAACAGAGGAAUUGGUUUGGAGCUGGUCAGACAGCUGGCAGAGAUGACGGGGGAGCAGGCUCACAUCUAUGCCUGCUGCAGAGCACCUGAGGGACCCAGGGCUGAGGUGCUUGAAGAACCAUUCUGCGUUGUCAGCAGUCAUGAUAGUGGACAUUCUUCUAAUGACUGCAUAGCCCUACGUGGAAAACCAAUCAAAAAGGUCGAGAAGAAAGCACUUUUCAGAGCCCCGAGACUUCUGGUUGUGUUAGACAUGUCAGAUGAGGACAGUAUCACAGCUGCUGUCCAGGUUGUGAGUAAGCAGAUCGGGGCUGCUGGGUUGAACCUCCUCAUCAAUAAUGCUGCUAUAACCAAACCAGCCAUACCGGGACCGUUAUCUGCCACCGGGAAAAAGGACAUGAUGGAGGUGUACGAAACCAAUGUGGUUGGACCAUUUCUCAUUGCAAAGAUGUUCCUUCCACUCCUCAAGAGAGCAGCAGAGAUGGACUCACCUGAAAUGGACCAGGGUGAUAAAAUGUCCUGCAAGAGGUCAGCCAUCAUCAACAUCUCCACGAGCAUGUCAUCCAUAGAGAAAUGUCCAGAAAUCUUUGCUAUAGACCAGAGGUACCCUUAUAGGGCCAGCAAGGCAGCGCUGAACAUGCUGACUCGCUGUCAAGCUGAGGACUUCAAAAGUUACAACAUACUAGUGACAGCAAUCCACCCUGGCUGGGUCCGAACUGAGAUGGGAGGAGAGGAGGCUCCUAUGACCACCAAGGAAAGCGCACUUGCCAUGCUCAGUGUGAUGUCAUCACUCAGCAACAAAGACACUGGGAUGCUCCUGAACUGGCAGGGUGUCAGAAUGCCCUGGUAGCAGUCACUCUGUCACCCACACCAGGCCUACCACACCCAUUGUUAUUGCAUAUAAAUAACAAAGACAGUAAGAAAGUAACUGUUUCAUUUACAAAUGCUUGCACACAGCAAGCCAGAAAUGAAAACCUAAUGUUCAAAAUCUUAAAUAUAGUAUAAAGCCUCUAUGUUUGCAACAACAGCAGCUUGAAAGCUAACCUGAAAGAGCUGAAAAGCUUUUUUGAUUGACCAGAUCUUUGAAACAUUGAGAAACAGCUGAUUUAAGUUGUGUUGCAGUAAAUCCACCAACUCCUGCUGAUUCAAAUGUCAAUCAGAGACACACCCAUGUUUUGA